ACGCUACCGAGGCUCAACCUGGCUCAACCCAUGUCUCGAGAUAUCCAUGCAUCAUAAAUACCUGCCCAUCUUCUUCCCUCCUCUCUUAUCUUCAUUCCCCAGAUCGUGGGUGGGUGCCAGACAAAAUGGACGCAAUCACCACAGCCCAAAAGCUCAGUCAAGACAUCCUCCAAAAACUCCAUCCAUCUGCUCAACGAAUUUUGCUGUCGUCGACAACACGCAAUGUUCUAGCCGUCGUCCUUGCCCUGUAUCUCCUCAAAACUUUCAACCGUGCCCUGUCUCGCUCUGUGCUCAACAACUGGACCUCAGACAAAUACGACUGGUCCCGGGAAAUCGUCCUCGUGACGGGAGGAUGUAGUGGAAUCGGACAAAGCCUUGCACAUCAACUGGCGAAUCGAGGCGUAAAGGUGAUUGUUGCUGAUAUCCAGGAACCUACUACCCCUCUCCCAAAAAACGUCUACUUCUAUAAAUGCGACGUCACAUCAACAACCAGCAUCCAACAAGCCGGUGCCCAAAUCCGUGCUGACCACGGCGAUCCAACAGUCCUCAUCAACAAUGCUGGUGUGGGUAAAGAAGGCUCAAUUCUCGAAAAACCUGAAUCCGUGGUUCGACUCGUCUUCGAAGUCAAUACUUUGGCUCACUGGUGGACCGUCCGCGAGUUUCUGCCUGCCAUGAUAAAGCGUAAUCAUGGCCAUGUAGUUACCAUUGCGAGCGCGGGCAGCUUUUUAGGUGUGGGCGAGAUGGUGGAUUAUAGUUGUAGUAAAGCGAGUGCGUUGGCGUUUCAUGAAGGAUUGACGCAGGAGAUUCGGUUUUGGUAUAAAGCCAAGAAAAUUCGGACUAGUAUCAUCCAUCCAUUCUGGGUCAAAACACCCCUGACCAAACCCAUCACCGACUCCGGCGCGGAACUCAAACAGCCCAUGCUCGAUGUCGAAGAUGUCGCGGGAAUCAUUGUCGAGCACGUGCUGAGUGGGAACAGUGGACAGAUCAGUAUCCCCGAUCGUGUUGGUGUAGGUGCUAUGAUUCGUGGGUUUCCGAAUUGGUUGCAGGAAUGGAUUCGAUCUCUUGUGUCGUCGGAUUUGAAGAGGGUUAGGGAUUUGGUUGAUGCGAAGGAUGGUAUUUGA